AUGGAUUUCGCACAGGAUUAUGUCAAUUACGAAGGAUUUUGGGGUAAACAGGACACCGGUAGUAAAAAUGAGGCUCCAAAUUCCUCUCGGAAGCCGAUAAAGAAAUCAAAGGUGGCUGUCGAUUAUUUGGCGGAAUUGUCAAUAAUAUUCGAUGAUUUGGUUCAUGCCUUCAAUUUCCAAAAAGAUAAUGGACGAAACAUGCAAGAUUACUUUAUAGUAAUGUGGGAAUCAAGGAAUGCUCGGACUUGCACGAACGAUGAACAAAAAUUGUCAUCAGAAUCAUUAAUUUCGAUAUAUGAGGAAUACAUUUGGGGUACUCAUUCAAAUUUUACCAAAUGGUAUAGGUUUGUGUAUGGAUUGGAUGCUAUGCCAGCUUGGUUCACAAGUUCGGGACCGGAACUGCUUAUUACUCGCGAAAUUAUGACUCAAAUUGCUCUUUGGUUAUUGAUUUGGGGUGAAUCAAAUAACCUUAGAGUUAUGCCAGAAUUGUUGUGUUUCAUCUUUGACAUGAUGAUGACCGAGUAUAAAUUUUAUAGUAGGGCGAAGGAAGAAGUACUACCAAAAACAACGGACAAUGAAUCCAUAUCUCCUCCUUGUUUUCUCCAACACGUUGUUAAUCCCUUAUAUGAAUUUUGUCAAUUUCAAAUAACUUGGAAUAAAAGUAACGACCAUUCCCAUAUUAUAGGAUACGACGAUAUUAAUCAAUGUUUCUGGUCAUUAAAAACCAUUAACCAGUUUAAAUUGAAAGAUGGUACCAACUAUGCCGAUCUACCGCGGGAUAUGAAAUAUUCUAAGUUCACACAGAUUGAAUGGUCAAAAUCCUUACGGAAAACCUAUAUUGAAUCACGUACUUGGUACCAUUUGAUCACGAAUUUCCAUAGAAUUUGGACCAUUCACGUUGCCACUUUUUGGUAUUUUUCUGUUAUAAACCUAAAACCGUUGUUCACAAAACAUUAUAUACAAACUUUGGACAAUGACCCUGAGUUAUUCGUUUUAUUCUCAGUUAUGUCGUUGGCAGGUACAUUCUCGUGCUUGAUUACCAUAUCUGCGAUUAUUGGUGAAAUGUUUUUUGUCCCACGCGAUUCAAAUCUCCGAAAACCCACAAAAUCAAGAUUAUUUAUACUAAUUUUCAUGCUUCUUUUAAACAUAAUACCGCCAUCAGGUAUUUUGUCGCUUUUUCAUAUAUCGAGGAAAAGACUUAUUAAUGAGAAUAUUUUGACUAUAAUUUCAUUUAUUUCAUUGACAGUGUCCAUUGUAACAACAAUUUUUCUAUCUAUUGUACCAUUAUCCAAAAUCGACACCAUAUUCUGUUACAUUACACGAGCAUAUUCACCUAAAACAAGAGGUAUUAAUAGUCCUGAUUUCGGUACUGGUAGCCGAAUAGGCGGAUGCAACAGUACUGACUGGAAUUUGAACAGUAAUGUAGGUUCUUGUGAUAGUAUCAACCCUUUCACUGAAAACUGGAGUCAAUUUGACUCUUCAGAUGCAAAUUUAUGUUCAGUCGGCUUAUGGUUCGUGAUUUGGACUUCAAAGCUUGUGGAAACAUACUUCUUCCUUUGUACAUCAAUAAAAAACCCAGCAAGGGACCUUUUCCAAUCAAAUUUGAAUUGCAGUGGAACAGAUACCAUACUUCAGUCUGCCCUUUGUAGGCAUUGGACUAAAUUUUUACUUCUGUUAUUGGUCGCAACUAAUUUUGUUUUAUAUUUACUUGACACUUAUCUUUGGUAUGUGAUCUACAACUCAAUAUUCUCCCUAACCAGAUCCAUCUACAUGGGAAUGAGUCACUUAACUCCAUGGAAAAACUGUUUCGUUAGCUUGACGAAUAAGAUAAAACUUAAAAUAUUGCCUUCUAAUGAAGAAUGGAACAUUAGUAUUAUUUCAGAGUUGUGGAAUGAAAUAAUAUACUCCAUGUACCGAGAAAAUCUUAUAUGCAAAGAGCAUGUCGAAAGAUUGAUUUUCCAUCUAACAAAUGAUGAUAACCUCUUAAAACCGUCACUUCUUUUGUCAACAGAUGAUCAUUUCUUUAGGUCAAGGGUAUUUAAGAAGUCAAAAGAAGUACGAAGAAGAUUAACAUUUUUUGCACAGUCUUUACAUUGCCCUUUACCAGACGCAGAAUCGAUCGAAAAUAUGCCUACAUUCUCCGUUUUAAUCCCACAUUACAAAGAGAAAAUAAUGUUAAGUUUAAAAGAUAUCAUCAAAGCAGAAACUGACAAUUCCAGUAUCACAUUAUUGGAAUAUCUAAAAUUGAUUUAUCCGACAGAAUGGGAUAGUUUCAUAGAAGAAACGAAUAAAUUAAUGGAUUCGGUCGAGGCAGGCGUUUCUGAUGAAUCUAACACAGCAAGUGCUGAUCGAGAAGAAGAAGAAAAGCAAACAGAUGUCAGCGAUAAUGAGGAGGUUGCAAGGAAUAUUACGAUGAAUUUAUGCAAAAGUAAGAACGAAGGAGUUAAUCUAUUCAAAUUCACUGGCUUCAAGUUAGAAGUACCAGAGCAAACAAUAAGGACAAGAAUUUGGGCCUCUCUUAGAACCCAAACCUUAUAUAGAACGAUUUCUGGAUUUAUGAAAUAUCUGGAUGCUAUAAAAAGCCUUCACAUACUAGAAGAUACAAAAGACACAAAGCAUUCAGUGUUGAAUAGGAACGUAAAACAUCGUACUAAAGAUCAGCAUUGUGAUUUUCAACAACUCAGGAGUAAUUCGAAAAAGAACCCUGAUUAUAAAAGCUGUGCAAAAUCUUUCAAGCAAAGGACUGACUCUGCUGACGACAAAAGUACAUCUAUUGCUUUGAAGAAAUUCCACAUGAUUUGUUCUAUGCAAAGAAUGAGCGAAUUCACUGAUGACGAAAAAGCAGACAGGAACGUUUUAUUGACAGCUUUCCCUUCUUUGAAAAUCGCAUAUAUAGUAUCUGAAUUAGACAAAGCAAGCGGGCGGAAAAUUUAUUAUUCUUGCGUGAUUGACGGUUAUUGUGAUAUUGAUGGUGAUGGAGAAUAUAUUCCAAAAUAUAAAAUCGAACUCUCCGGUGAUCCAAUUUUAGGUAAUGGGAAAUCUGACAACCAGAACCAUUCCAUUAUUUUCACUCGAGGGGAGUAUAUCCAGUUGAUUGACGCAAACCAAGAUAACUAUUUUGAAGAGUGCUUGAAAAUAAAGAACAUUCUAAAAGAAUUUGAUGACACUUCUGCAAACUCAGAUAUUGAAAAUGUAAAAUAUACUGCACCUGUUGCGAUAGUUGGCACCAGAGAACAUAUAUUCUCGGAAAACAAUGGGGUUUUAGGCGAUAUAGCAGCCGGAAAAGAGAAAGUUUUUGGGACUUUUUUUGCUAGAACUUUAGGAUAUAUCAACUCUAAAUUACAUUACGGACAUCCCGACUUCAUAAAUGCCAUAUUUAUUACCACGAGAGGAGGUGUGUCAAAAGCCCAACGAGGAUUACACUUGAAUGAGGAUAUUUAUGUUGGUAUGAAUGUUUUGAUGCGAGGUGGACGAAUUAAACAUGCAGAAUAUUACCAAUGCGGUAAAGGACGUGACUUGAGCUUCAACUCGAUAUUAAAUUUCACGACUAAGAUUGGGUCCGGUAUGGGAGAACAGUUAUUAUCCAGAGAGCAUUUCUACAUUGGUACAUCGCUACCAUUAGAUAGAUUCUUGUCCUUCUAUUAUGCACACCCAGGGUUUCAUUUGAACAAUGUGUUCAUAUACAUUUCUUUGUGUUUAUUUUUGAUUAUCAUUUUGAAUUUGGCUGUAUUAGUCGAUUCCAGCGUCUUAUGUGUAUACGACCCAGCUUUUAAACAAACAGAUCCAUGGGAACCAGAUGGAUGUCUACAAUUAGUACCAGUAUUGUAUUGGUUGAGGAGAUCAACCAUCACCCUUUUAUUCAUAUCCAUGUUUUCGUUUGUUCCACUUUUUUUACAACAAAUGAACGAUAAAGGUGUUCUUUCAGCAACCAAAAGACUUUUGAAACAGCUCGCAUCAGGCGCAAUAUUUUUCGAAAUAUUCUCUAAUAGGAUAGCUUCACAGGCAUUAAUGACUGACAUAAUUAUCGGCGACGCCAAAUACUUGUCAACAACCAGAGGAUUAUCAUUCGAACGGAUUCCCUUUGUUACUUUGUUUACUAGAUUCGCAUCUGAGUCAGCAUAUUUUGCAGUUAUGGCGCUAGUAAUUCUAGGUUAUGCAUCCAUUGUAAUGUGGGAUGUCUCACUACUUUUUUUUUGGAUUUAUUUUAUAUCACUAUUGCUCUCUCCAUUUAUCUUUAAUCCCAGCCAGUACCAUUGGAUUGAAUUCAUUACUGAUUACAGAAGGACUUUAUCUUGGUUUUUGAAGUGGCAAAGAAGAGUUUCUUGGUUGAAGUACACCAGGGGACAGAACAGCAUGACACAAUGGGAUGUAGAAGACAAGACAAACUGGUUUAAUAUAGCAUUCAUAAAUGUUUGGUGCCAUAUUCUCCCUCAAGGAGUCUUGACCGUAUUCACAGUGAUACCUUUCGUUCUUGCUAACAUCAACAACGCAGAAGAUUCAAGAGUGAACGUCCUUUUGAGAUUAAUUAUUGUGGUCUCCAGUACUGUUACUGUUAAUGCUUUGACGUUAAUGACAAUAUUCAUUUUAUCCAGUAUUUAUGGAAUUGUUGUGUUACAGGGAAAACAGCAAUGGUUCCCCAGGUUUUUGACAAGGUUAACUAUUUUUAUCAGUCUUCUAUCCAUGAUUGUUGCAUUUAUUUUACUUUCAUUUUUUCAAAGAUGGGAUGUAAAGACAAUUAUACUAGGAUUGUUGUCAUCAUUAAUGAUACACAAGUUAUUCUAUCAGAUAAUUUGUGGUGUGAUUAUGCCCACAAAGUGGAAUAAUGACAGAAGGAAUGAAUCAUGGUGGACUGGAAAAUGGUUUAGACGAAAUCAUUCUUUCUUCAGUCCCUUAAUAGAAUUCAUUCAAAAAGUGCUAGAAUUAAGCAUCUUUAAUCUGGACUUCGUUCUCGUGCAUAUCAUCUUACUCCUACAGGUACCAAUUUUGAUGAUUCCAAAUGUGGAUACUUUGCAUUCCUUAAUGCUAUUUUGGAGAAAGGCGGACAUUGACGCCAGACCUAUUAUUUUUAAGAAGAAGGGUAAAAGCAAAUUCAAUGCGAACAUAUAUGCGUUGGUGUUUAUCAUUAUCUUAGCAAUAAUCACAGUUGUUUUUUCUUUGCCUCUGAUCUUGAACCAACUUGUGGUUAUCGAUUCCGACAACUUGAGAGAAACAACCAGAAUUCUCAUACAACCAGAAAUGAGUAUAGCAUUGCGUUCGGAGAUAGGGCUCAAGGCAUAUCACAAUAUGAUGAGAGCAAUGUUCAAUAAACCGAGAGUUUCUAACACUUAA